AUGGCAGAAGAGGACCUAUCCGAUGAGCAGCUCAGGCAAUUGCUCAAGGAUGCCGAGGAGCGCUUGAGGAACAAAGGCAAGCAGCAGAUCCAAGUAUCUUCUGCUUCUUCGCUGGAGUCGAGCCUACCCAAGAUCACGAUGGACAACCCCAUUGUUUCAUACAUCAAGUCAACUAAGACCGGCCCUCAAGUCGACCGAUCUCACCUCGUAACGGACAAGGAGCGCAAGUUGGCAAAUGGCAUUCGCGUGGUAGAAGACCCCAUCACCAUCAAGAAGCGCGCUGAAGAGGAGAAGAAAGCUACCGCCGGCUCAGACUGGUACAAUAUGCCAAAGACAAACUUGACUCCCGAGCUCAAGCGCGAUCUGCAGUUACUUCGCAUGCGGGAUGUUUUGGAUCCAAAGCGACAUUACAAGAAGGACAACAAGAAGCAACAGGUUCCGGAGUUCUCGCAAGUCGGCACUAUCAUCGAAGGGCCAACUGAAUACUUCAGUGCCAGACUGAUGAACAAGGAUCGCAAGAAGACUUUGGUUGAAGAAGUUCUGGCUGGUGAGAAGGCUAGUGGCCGAUUCAAGUCGAAAUACAAUGAAAUCCAGGACGCAAAGACAAGUGGGAAGAAGGCGCAUUACAAGAAGUUGAGAGACGCCAGGAAGAAGGGAGUCCUGAAGCGCUGA